GGGACAGUAAGAGGACGGACUCGAAGCUGACCAACUCUACAAGCUAUACUUUGAAAAACAUCAUAGAAGACAUCUGCAAAUCACCACAGUAAUCAACCAACAAUGACUACAGUGAAAGAGACGAUGAAGAGCGCAAGGAAAGUCGAUACGGACAGUGCGAACAGUGAUUUGUCGGAGCAGAUUAAAGCGGCCACGCAGGACAGCCAUGUCCGAGCCGAAAACACACAGCUGAUGCUGAAUUACCAGAAGGGGCGGAUCACCCUGACUCAAUACAAGCUCCUGCUGUGUUCCCUCUAUGAAAUCUACGAAGCUCUGGAGCAGGAACUGGACAGAAAUGCCACACACCAGGGUGUCGCACCCAUAUACUUCCCCCAGGAACUUGCCCGUCUAGACUCCCUCGAGAAAGAUCUGGAGCACCUGAUAGGACCAGAUUGGAGAAAGAGAAUCGUCACUCCUGCAGCCACACAGAGAUAUGUACAGAGACUUCAGAAGAUCGGGAAAGAGAACCCCAUGUUGUUAGUAGCCCAUGCCUACACCCGUUACCUUGGGGAUCUAUCAGGAGGACAAGUGCUGGGGAAAAUUACCCAGAAGUCUAUUGGGCUGAGUGAGGGUGUUUCAUUCUUCCUUUUCCCCGGUGUGACCAGCCCUAAUCGCUUCAAACAGUUGUACAGGAGUCGGAUGAACAGUAUCGAACUGACGGAGGAGGACAGGGCAGCGGUGCUGAAGGAGGCAGUCGCAGCCUUUGAGUUUAACAUCCAGGUAUUUGACGACUUGCAGAAAAUGCUAAGUCUGACAGCAGAUGCAGAACACAGAACAAAGGUCAACAUCCACUUCCCAACCUCUUUCAUCCCAUCUUUGACGCAGUUUACCGUCGGGAUAUGCGCUGCAUUAGCCACAGUUGGAGUGGGAAUGUACGUGUUGUAAUUGUGUUUUCCCUGCUGCAAAUACCAGAAGAACCAUUUGUCUCCUUUACUCUGCAAACCCUUGUUAAACUGUACUAAUGCACUUAUAAAUAUGUAUUCUAUUUUGCACUUUACUUGAAGCCAAAUGAAAUGUUCAUUUGAAUGACAGAGUAAAAUUACUGUAUAUACUAUCCCAUCAGAUUUACAUAAAUGUCAUAAACGUUUUUCUGUGAUUUUCAUUGAAAUGUGUUGA